UGUUUUGCCGGAACAUUAAACAUAUAAACUGUUGCAUGUCGCAACUUCGGCGACGCGUCAACUCGUAUAAAAUCGAAGUCAUCUUAAAGAUCUGUGUCAGUUCAGUCGAUUUCGAGAAAGGAAUACAAUGCACGAAGGGAAAUGUGUUUCACUGAUUAUAGUGGUCCUCGCGUUGUUAGCGAGUACCGGGGACGCUUGGCUGGAGGAGAACGUGAAAUGGACCGGUGGAUCCUUCGAGUGGCCGUGUCCCUCGACGAAGAACAUGUACAAAAAUAGUGGGAAAUAUAUUCCGAAGAACGUGAUCGCAACUAGAGUUGCGAUGUACAAUGACGACGCUAUCGUGGCUCUGCCCAGGUACAAGGCUGGUGUUCCAGCAACGUUGGCGAAACUGUCUCAGAGCGAGCAAAGCUGCGAGGCUACGUUGAUCCCUUACCCAUGUUGGUCCCUCCAGGAAGAGGACACCUGCACCGCUCUACAGAACGUGGUGGAUCUCUAUCUGGAUCCACAGAACAUCCUCUGGGUCCUCGACACGGGAGUGGUGAACACUUUGGAGGAACCUAUUCGGAAAUGCCCUCCGAAGGUCCUGGCUAUCAACGUCAGUACUGGGAAGCUAUUGAAAACUGUGGACUUGAGCGGUUUGACGAGCACCACGUCGCGGCUACAAUACGUAGUGGCGGACUACAGCCAGGAUGGAAGGGUGUUCAUCUACGUCUCCGACGCUGCCACGAGGGCGAUCCUCGUGUACGAUGUCACUUCGGGCCGUGGUUACCGUGUCGUUUUGCCCCAAGCCAUCGCCAUUGGAUGCAACCGGCGAGACGUCUUGUACCUCGCCCUCCUCCGUCGUUCAGACGGGAGCACCUGUCUAAUUUUCACUUAUCUAUGCAGCAGCCGUAUGUUCUCGAUAAGAACCGAACACCUGAGAAAUGGUUCUGCGCAUGGCAGAAUCCACGAUCUCGGCCGGAAGCCCAAAAGAAUGGUACUCUUGGGUACAGAUAAUGGCAGUGCUCUUUUCUUCCGGUACGAGGGCGAGGCGGAUGUCUACCGUUGGGACGCGACCGAGCAGUUCGAUACACGAUCUUUCACCUUGGUUUAUACAAGCGGCGAAUGUUCCUUAGCUACUAACGUCGUCGCGGAUUACAAUAGAGGAAGGAUGCGAGUGCUCGAGUCUAAUUUCCCGGAUUAUAUGCUCGGCACCGUCGGAUGCGGCGCCACGCAAUCGCUGAACUUAAUGUAGCGUCUUGCAAAUAAUAUUAGGAUCGAGUACAUUGAAUUAAAA